AUGGAGGAUCUAGAACGUGGACGAGGCACGAGAUCUGAACGUGCCAGGAGCAAAUCAAGACCAAGACUUCAACUAGACAUACCGGCUCCGCCAAGAACUCCUAUUCCACCUGUCCCACGUGCUGAAUGGACGCCAGUCUCGUCUCAUGAACUCUACAGCCCGGUUAAACGAGUUCGAUCAAAGAGCAAGAGGAGCGAAAGUGCUUACCCUAGUGACAAUGAAGCUUCUCCUUCUGUAGUCGAUUCGCCAGACAGGCCAUCAUCGUCACCGACAAGCCGACGACGAAAGUCACGAACUCCUACUGCACACAACGGCAUCGAGCUACAAAACAAUAGAUCCUCUUCUUGUGUUGCUCAAGAUCAGCCUGCCACUCAACUAGACGAGGAAUCCAGCAAUCGACGUGAUGAAUCCUCCAAAACAUAUAGAUCAAGAAGUCGCAAACGAACAUCUAACGAGUUUUCUAACGGCAUUACCGAGCCUGAGCCAGUUCGACGCUCAAAAAGCCGUAGACCAUCAGACCGUCAGGUGCCAGAUCAGAACGAGCUUGCCGGACAACAACCUGAUAUCAGACCUUCAUCAAGUCGACUUUCGAGAAAAGGACGUGAUUCGACGAACAGACGCAGAUCACAAUCACGUACACCAACAACAGUUGCAGAUACGAAUGACGAUCUGGCGUCUCCGAAAUCACCCAACCAAUACCGUGAAUCGGCCAGGAAGCGUAAAUCAGCUGACAAGACACGUCAGCUAGAAACCAACACCGAGCACACAGCCCAACCAACAGCCGUCGAAAAACCUCCACCGUCAGUCUUCGACAAUGUUGGCAAGCAACCGUCUGAUUUCGAUGGAUACAUAACGUCAGUUUCGAUACACGGUGCAGACUCGAUUGCGUUAGAUCCUAAAAUUAUGGCACCGCUAGUGCAGGUUCACUUUGUUGAUAUCAAAUCUGGAGAGUACUUGAUCAAGUCUGAUCCAAAUCGACCUGUCACAACUUUCAAUGAAGCUGGAGUCGACUAUAUCCUACCAGUCAUUACAAAGCCGUACAAAUUCCUACGGCAUGCUCACACACCACGAAAACCUAAAUGGGAAGAAGAAUUCUUACUGAAUGAAGACUACAAGCACAUUGUUCGAGAAAAUGUGUUGAUCUUAUUUGAAAUGCUCAAUGUGGUGACAGACAGAGCUUUAAUCGCCAGUGGAAGAUCAGACGGAUGGCAUCGAGUCGCUUACGCCUUUUGCAAACUGGUGCCAUCACCAACAUACACAAACACCGAACAUCAACGACUACGAUUACAGCUCUACCAGUAUCCCAGCAAUAUACUAUGGGGUAAAGCUGUUGGUCGUGUUCCUCAUGUAUAUCGCUGUUGGCGUGGAGUUACAGUCGGGCGAGGUAUUGCAACUGCUCGACCUCCACCAUUGGCUGCCAAUAGGAAAAAGUAUGAUGGGACUCUAUAUGUUAGUAUUUGUGGUAAAACCGCACCACCUUCUCGAUUGGUGACGAGAAGACCUGAAUGGGCUGGUGAAACUGAAGUUGGCAAAGUACCAUAUGAAGAUAUGCUGGAAGUAUAUAAUUCCAAGAAGAGAGCUUUGGAACCCAUGUACAGAAGUUUGGCUAAUCUUGUCAAGAAGCCAAUGUGGAGACGACACCCAUCACAAGCAUGUCGUCUACCAAACAAGCUCAUGUACAGAAUCGAACCAGGAUCGACUGGAGCAUUCUCGCUGGCAUUCUCCAACAACGGUAUCUUCUUAGCAGUCGGAUGCUGCGAUGCUGGAUCAUAUCCUAUUCGGAUAUAUGAUGUCUUGUCUGGCGAUCGAGUAGCCAAUUUGGAGGGACAUCGAGAUUUAGUUUACGAACUUGUUUGGAGUCGUGACGAUGACGUUCUUAUGUCGACAUCAUCCGAUGGAUCAGUUCGAUUGUGGAAGUUUAUGGGUGACGGCAAUGUUAGGCCGAGCUUAGUGCUUCAACAUCCCUGUUUUGUGUACUCGGCAGUGCUUCACCCUAUCGCACCACUCAUUUUCACCGGCUCAUUCGACACCCAAAUUCGUGCAUGGUCUUCAGAUCCAACCGAAAUCAUCAUUACAUCGCGUCCACAAUCGCCUACUCAAGACACACGUCAUCUCCCUCAUGCAAGAUCUGUGUCAAGAGCCACGACACAUUCUUCAGGUGGCCGUUCAAGAGUUCAUCCCACUACAAGUCAUCCUACGACGAUACACCCAACCGAUACAUACAAGGGUCAUGAAAACUACGUGAAUGCACUUGCAUUUGAUUCAGAGGGGGUCAAGAUGUAUUCGGGUGACGGGAAUGGGUGUCUUAAAGUAUGGUCUUGUCGUGUUGAUACGACAGAAGGAUAUGACAAGUAUCAAUGCAUCAAGACUGUUAUGGUUGAUGAGGCCAGCCCAAUAACCUCAAUACGGAUGCAUCCUUCCAACCGUCGAAUCCUAGUCCAUUCACUAAAUGGAACUCCCCGCCUCCUCGAUACCCGCAUAUACCGAUUCACCACCACCUUCCAAACACCACCAUUAACCUCCACCUCCUCCUCCGCACCCAACUGCCCCAUAACAGCAAUCACAUCAACAUUCACAAGAGCAAGCUUCUCACCAUGCGGAACACAAGUAUGGGCCGGUGGAUCAGACGGUGUCGUACGUGUCUGGAAUGCAGAUAACGGCACUGUACUUGGAUCAUACGAGGGACUUGGAUUCCGUGGUCAGAUCAGUGCAGUUGAAUACCAUCCAAAGGAUUAUUUGGUUGCUAUGUGCUGUGUUGGGGAUCGACAACCAGUAUUGAUUUUCAGUUGGGAUGAGUCUCCUGACGUUUUGGAAGGUUUCCAUUCAGCUGCUGCUGGUUCUGGAGAAAUAGCUCCAUCGGCUGAAUCGCUGAAUGAUGCAACGCAUAGUAAACGAGCAUCUAGGACAUCAGAUUACUAUGCUGAUGUGAUUCAAAGUAAUCCACAGCUCAGGUCACCAUCUCGUGGAGUUUUAGAUGCUGGAGAUAGACGUGUCUUUUCUAUCGAACCACACCGACCUCCAGUGGCAUCACCUACUCGAGGGCUAUCAGCCUUUGAAGGCGAGUCACGAAACACAUCCCAUAUUGAUGCCUCAGAAAACAAUCUGGCUCAACGAGCGCCAUACAAGAGGACUUUACGGAAAGCUUGA